AUGGACCGGAUAUUCCGGGGCAUAAUGAAGUAUAGGCGGACGAAUAGGGCGAAAAUGGUCGAGCAGUUCGUACAGGUGAAAAACCGGCCCGAGCCUAAGGCUUUGUUUUUCACUUGUAUGGACAGCCGUAUGUUGCCGGCCAGAUUUACCGAAUCCAACGUCGGCGACAUGUUCAUCGUCCGAAACGCCGGAAAUCUGAUUCCGCAUUCGCAGCAUUUCCCGGACGAAUACACUUCGUGCGAACCGGCAGCCUUGGAGUUGGGGUGCGUGCACAACGACAUAAGGCACGUCAUCGUUUGCGGGCAUUCCGACUGCAAAGCAAUGAACCUGUUGCACCUGCUCCGGGACACGGAAUACGGUAGCACCGUCAACCGCCGGAAGUCGCCUCUCCGAGCGUGGCUCUGCUCGCACGCGAUGUCGUCUUUGGAAAAGUACCAACAACUCGAGGCGGCCGGCUACGGCGCCCCUCUCGUUUUCCAGGCCGAGACGCCGUUGCGCCGGAUAAGCGCUUACAUCGACCCGGACCACAAGCUUUCCGUCACCGACAAGUUGUCGCAGGUCAAUACCCUGCAGCAAAUUCAAAACAUCGCCAGCUACGAUUUCCUCAAGAAGCGCCUGGAGGCGUACGACCUGCACAUACACGCCCUUUGGUUUGACAUAUAUACCGGUGACAUACACUACUUCAGUAGACAGAGCAAACAGUUCGUAGAAAUAAACGAAAAAAACGUGGACGGACUAGUGGAAGAGGUCUCGAAGUAUUAUUGCUAA